AUCAGCUGAUCUUUACUACCUUUGUUUGGGUUUGCAGUGGCCUGGGCGAUUAGUGUGGACUCGUUUUUUUCAUGAAUACAGUGUUACAAAAUCAUGAGUGAGAAAGAGAUUCUAUCUAAAUGCAGGUAUGAGACACGGGAAAGAAUGAAAGCUGAUGAUGACUAUGUUGGUGAGGGAGAAAGAGCAUUCGAAGGCUUUAAUACGGCACAUACUUCACUAUUUGAUAGAGUGUUGACUAUUGAACGUAAAUUAGAUAAAUUGAUAAAGGGGGAAGGAGCUAGGACACGGAGAGGACGUGUGAUCGCAGCUAGUACUCUUUCCACCUCUCCCACGGAACUCUACCUACCUGCUUGUGUGGCACAUAUUUUGGGUCUAUCCUGUGUUCCAUCAGCGCCUAUUUUAGUGCCUUUACGCUUUGGGCCAUGCCACCUGGCCCUGUUGGUCCCGUGGCCAUGAACCAUGACCCGACCUCCCAGAAGCGGGGACUGUCCCCCUCCCCAUCCAUGGAAGGUUCAGGCAAGACCCCUCGCAUCCUUCCCGACCAGGACCCUCCUCACAUCACGUCAACCACAGCCUCCUUCCUUCCUGAGAGCGACCAAUGGCACCCGGGUUUUCUCCAAUCCCAGCAAGGUGUCCCAGGCCCUCCACACUUCCACCUUGGGCAAGUACAUCUUGGAGGGGGAAACUCGCUCACUGGGUAAUGGCUCUGCUCUCAUCAUCACCAUCGGGGAAUCCAACAUCUUUAAGGUUCCCGAACUCCAGCUAUCCACCUUCCAACUAGGAGACUGGACAGUCACCAGCCGCCGGGCAGACAAAGGAGGUGACACCUUCAGGUACGCCUGGGUGGGGCCGCUGGCAGAUGAUGUUGACCUGGAGGCCGUGAGGAAGGGCUUCAAUACCUUUGAUGGAGGUGAGGUGGUUGAGAUCACCUGGCUCCCUCCCCAUUGUCUGCCCCGGACCACCAUAGGGAGGUGGCUGCGCCUUAAGUGUGGUGGACCACACGGACCCAGGUCAGUCUACUGCCCCCUCAACUGCCAGGCCCAACAGACUUACAUCAAUCUGACUCAGGAAGGACACACUCACAGACAUCAACAGGCACCUGAGAUCCUUACAGCUCCCCAAGCAGCAGGCCACCCACAAGCCUGCCCCUCCUAACGCUGCACUGCCACCAUCACACCCUCAGCCUCCACGACAAGUUCAGCCAGGUGUACCCUACUCCACAGUAGUCACCACAGGGAACAGGUUCGCACUUCUGCAGGACCUCGACGAUGGAAAUGCCCCAGACAUUGCUCCGGGCCCUGCACCUAACAGUACAGCCACCCACUCCUCCAGCAGGCGCAGCCGCUCACGACGUCCUUCUCCCAGGUGGCAGCGACAUCCACCAGCCCCGCCACCUCCCACUCCACAAACCCUGGACUGUGACCUCGUGCACUCUCUCACAGUGGCUGAUGUCCAUCCACCUCCUGCCAGCCUCACUCACCUAAUCGAGGAGAUUGCUCCCCCACCCCAACCGCCCCGCCUACCUACACCAACUGGUCCUGCACCUCUUCCAUGUCAUACUGCUGCUCCUGUUCACCUACCUCAGUCACAUGAAGGUAUGUCCUCUGCAUCCCCCAAGGAAGACACCAUCUCCCAACUGCUCACCCUCUUCUAGAAAGGGCUUCACCUUUACCAGAAUGGCACUCCUGUUCCCACCAUACUCACCUCUCUGUGGCCCACUCUCUCCAGACUCCUGACCUCUCUCUUCCAAUAAUGGCCUUCACAGUUAUGUUCUGGAAUGCUAGAUCUCUCCUCCGCAAGUCCCAUGAGCUCCAGACAUACCUAAAGGACACCCUUCCAUCCAUCAUCAGAAUAUGUGAGACGUGGCUGCCCCCUCACAUCUUUCUUACCCUCCCCGGAUACACCAUCAUCCCUAGGGACCGCCCUCAAGGACG